AUGGCCUCAUUGCUUCGACUACAUAAGCCUAGCACUUUCUUAGGGCUCUUAGCGAUUACUUUAAAUGCUGCAGCAGUGAUUGCAGCAUAUAAGGUCAACCCCGUUCCCGUGACUGUGUGCGGCGCUCUGGGUAUCUUGGCGACCAUUGCUGCAUACAUAAUGAAGCGUCUACCAGCUGCCCAGAAUUUUGAGCCCCUGCGUCGUCAGCGGCGCGACUCUUUCAGGCUCGAAUCCAUCGUCACAGAGCCUUUUUCCGGGGAAUCAUCGAGCGUUAUCACCACCGAGCCGCCAACUGUAGCUCGGUCGAGCGGUAACCAAGUUGGCGCCGGGGAACCGGAGGUCCUGCGCGAGCGCAGGGCGCCUGUCGGCGACGACCGAGCCGUCGAAGAUCCAAGAGAGCAUAUACUCUUGUCAACUCCGUACAAUUUUGUCAGGGUGCAUCUCACUGCACCACGAAUUGGAGGGUAG